GCAAAAAAAGGGCGAAUCCGGUAUUGAGGUUGUUAGAUCAGAUCAUAAUAAGAAAAAAGUUAUUCCUCGUUUAGAUAGAUUAAGAGCUCGGCUUCAGCAUAGAUCACAGUCUCAUUCACAAAAUAACUUUACUGCUGUUGGAAAGAACAUCGAAAUAUAUAAUGCUAAAACAAUGCGUAGCUAUAAUUUACAAGCUAAACUUGCAAGUGGUAGCCGACACUUGAUGCUUAUUAAAGGACAUUGUGGUAUUGGCAAAUCAAAUGAGACAGCAGAAGAAAUAAGAACACUUUGUCAUUCUGAUGGAUCUUCUGUUUCAACUCUCAUCAUAUCUGGUCGGCGUAGUCUAGCCCACGGUCAAAAAGUUCUUUUCGAAGGGUUUAAGUCUUAUCUCGAUCUAGAUAUACGGAAUCUCAACCCCAAGGAUACACCGAAACUUAUCAUCAGCCCCGAAAGCAUUCAUAAACUCGGAGCGACCGGCUAUGAUGUGAUUAUACUGGAUGAAUUUGAAACAAUUACUCAGAAUUUUAGUGGACCGACUAUGAAAAAACCGAAGUUAAGUCAUGACGUGUAUAAAUCGUUACUCCAAUCCGCUUCACUAAUAUUGGCUUUAGAUGCUACAUUAGAUUCGGAUUCGCUUGUACAUUUACAGAAUCUCUCGAAAGUAGAUUCCGAUAAUUCAACCGUGAUAUGGAAUAAGCAUAUAAGAGAUAAACGUAAAGCUAUCAUACAUAUUAAUACUAAAAAGUGGAAUGCCGAGUUGAUUGGCGCUCUCAGACAAGGCUUUACGCUUUACAUCCCAAUGUUUGCCAGUGCGGAGAUGGCAGAAGCUCUUCAUCGGGAAUUGGCAUCUCACGGCUAUAAAGAAACUGAGAAAAAAGAAAUAUUUGCCGAUAUCAAUAUGGCAGUGGCAAAUCUUGACUAUUUGAUAGCGACUCCUGUGAUGACUUGUGGAACCGUGAAGACUUGCUACACUUUAUCAGUUAUCGAUGCAAUGUUGCAGAAUAUCCCGAUUUGGAAGAGGCUCACUGUGAUAAAGACACUUACUCCUGAUGGCAAGUGGAUCUAUAAGCCAAACGCAUCUUUAGAAACUCAUCUCUAUAAUGCAUCUCGCCGCAAUGCAUCUAGAAACGAUUUUGUAAGUUUAUUAACUGACCGUCUGAGUGAAUGCGGUUAUGACAUUAACAUUGCUGAAGAUUGCCCUUCUAUAGACUCAACGGUUACAGAAGACGAUGAGGGUAAGAAGUUGCUAACAAAUGUAUGCGCAAUUAAAAAGGAUUUAGAUAUGGAAAAAUGUUCAUUAAUCGCUAAUGCUCGAGCCUUGGGUGAAAUAGAAGCUUUAGCUAUCCGAGAGCGCUUAGAAAGAGAGGAGGAUAUAGAUCCAGCAUAUAGGCUUGCGUUGCAAAAAUAUAAUCUUGCUUCCCUUUAUAAGAAGACCCCGGAAGAUAUAACGGUAGAUUUUGUAGAGACUUAUUCUAAAAAGGAAAUGCGAACUGCGUAUAGCGCGCUGGUUCAGGCUAUGGAUUCCUUGGAUAACUUGCGUAAUAAACAUAGACUCAUAAUUGAGAAUGAUUCACGAGAAAAAGCUUCUUGCGAUUCGUUAUUGCCAAAAGUUAUUGCGUUAGAGGAAAUUUUGCGAGGCAUAGGUUUUCCUUCGGGCAUUCACACAUCUUCUGCUCUAUCUCGUAAAGACUUUGAUGCUAGCUUAUCAAGCUUUUUACCAAUUUAUAAGAAAAAUGAACAUCGUUAUUAUGCAGUAUUUGGAAAGAAAUGGAGACCGCAUUCUAAUUAUAAUCUAAAAUAUUUCACAGAAUUUCUUGAAAAACCGCUAAAGGAAUUCAAGAUAUCACUUGAUCGAAAAAAAGACCGUAAUAAACAACCUACGCACUUGAGACUUGAGAUAGAUGGACAUCUAAAAAAGGUUCUUUCCGGUGCCUGUUCAACGACUGUGAAUCCGUCAAAACCAAAUCACAAUCUUACAGCUGAGAAAAAAAUACCUGAGCCCGCAAUUUCUUUAUCUUCGGAAUUUCUUAUUAAAAAUGAAUCCGAUAUAGAUAUGCUUUUCCAUCUUUUACAGCAAAAACACGAAAUGUCGCAAGAAAAAUUAGAACAAUGGAAGGCCGAUAUUGUCUUUGAAUUUCGGGAUAAUACAAAUUACUGGAAAAAGGAACGCGAGAGUAUGGACAAAGAUGAUUUUCUAAAAUAUAAGCGGAAAUAUGAAGCCCGCCUUGGUAUUCCUACUACUCCACGCAAAAAAGAGUUAAGCAAACUUUCUUUAGCACUUAUCGAAUAUGUGUAG